ACAGGUAUCUAGGCUGCCAAGAUGCCAGGGCCAAGACCUCGGAAGGGCCCUCAUACCAGUGGCCAGGGUGUGGCAGCUGCCAAACAGCUGGGGCUCUUUAUGGAGUUCAACCCUGAGGACAUGCUGCUGGGGACGGAGGAGCCUGAGGAUGAUAGGGACCUGGAAGCUGAGCUGCUAGCCCUCACUGGGGAAGCGGGCACCAUAGGCACAAAGCCAGCAUCCAAGGGGCAGGGUGAGUCUGUGGCACUGGGCUGGCUUGGUGGUAGGGCCAGGUGGUGGAAGAGGAGAGGUUCCUCUUCUCUCAGCUGGGAAGAGCCAGCCAGAUCACCUGGGCCUUCUGACAUCUGUCCCUUUUGCAGCACUCCCACCAAGAGCCAUCUUGGCCUGCUCAUAUACCCAUGUGACUUUCCUGACUACACCCUGUCUCCACCCUCAUUUCAGACAAUCAGCAACCUGCUUCUCAGACUGACUGAGGUCCCAGUCCUUAGCCCUAGCCAAGGCCUGGUAUAGAGUAAGAGCUCAGCAUAGACCAAAUUAGACACAUUAGAAAUGCAUAGCAAUUGUGUCUAAUGAAUGAAUAAAUGGAAUCUCCCUCCCCUGAAUAUCUAAAUCUUCCUCUCUUCUUACUGGGAACCCUCCUAGAGGACCACCUCCCAUCCCAUGUGCCCCUGAGUUGAGGACAGUGGUGGGGAUCUGGGAAGGGGUCCACUAGGGGAACCAUGGCUCUCACUUCUCUUUCAGUCCAAACCUGCUUUGGGGUUAGAUGAGCUUGUGUUUAAUAUUGGGUCUGCCACUCACUGGGAUUACAAUAUUGGGAAAAUUAAUAUUGGUAGUUCUCAGUUUACUCAUGUGUGAAGUAGGAGUAACAUUACCUAUCUUGCAGAAUCAUUGUGAUGCUCAAAUGGACAUUGAAAAUCUUUACAUAUGUGAAAGCCCCUCUGCCUAUGGCCCACAUUGAGAAGUUGGCAGCAGACUGUAUGCGGGAUGUGGAGGAGGAAGAGGAGGAAGGGCUGGAGGAAGAUGCAGACUUGCUGACUGAGCUGCAGGAGGUCCUGGGUACAGAUGAGAAGGCUGGACCCCUCAAAGGCAAUGAGACAGCCAGCCUGGGUGGCUCUGAGGAGGAGAAGGGACAAGAAAAUACUGAAUCUACAGUGCAGGCAACUCUUCUGACAGCUUCAGUCCCAGCGGCUCAGGCUGGAGGGUCUCGAGGACUACAGACUCUGCUGGAGGAUCGAAUCCACAACUACCGGGAGGCUGUGGCUAGUGCCAAGGAGGCAGGUGAAGCAGCCAAAGCCAGGCGCUGUGAGCGCGGCCUGAAGACUCUGGAGUCUCAGCUGGCUGCUGUGAGGAAAGGCAGGAAGAUCAGUGAGGAUGAGAUCCCACCUCCGGUGGCCUUGGGCAAGAAGCCCAUGGCCCCCCAGGAAGCAGCUGGCAGGAGCCCUGAGGAAGACUCCCCAGCUCCCCCCACCUUGGAGCCAGACAGCCUCUCCCGGCCUGAGACGAGCCUCUUGGGCAGUCCUGGUAUUUCUGUCCCACGUGAUCCAGACCCCGACCCACGGGCGCUGCUGUCAGCCCGACAGAGAGAAUACAAAGUGGCUGCCCUGAACGCCAAACGGGCUGGAGACCUAGACCGUGCCCGAGAGCUCAUGAGGAUUGGGAAGAGAUUUGGAGCCGUCCUGGAGGCCCUGGAGAAGGGGCAGCCUGUGGACCUGAGUGCCAUGCCCCCAGCACCUGAGGACUUGAAGCUCCACCCACAGGCUUGUAAGGCUCCCACAGCACCCUCAGUCGUACCCCCAGUAGUGGACCAAGUGCAGCCAGUGAUGGCCCCUUCCAGCCCAGCAGCCCCAGUGGCCUCUGCUGAGCCACAGACAGUGCUGGAUGUCCUGCAGCAGAGGCUGACCAGGUACCAGGAGGCAGGCAUCCAGGCCCGGGGCAGUGGUGAUGAGCGCAAGGCCCGGAUGCACAAGCGCAUUGCCAAGCAAUAUCAAGAUGCCAUCCGAGCACACCAAGCAGGACGGAAAGUUGACUUUGCUGAGUUGCCUGUUCCUCCAGGAUUCCCCCCAGUCCCUGGCCUGGCACCCCCUGCAGGCACUGAGGAGGAUGUAGUGGCAGCUGCCCGGAAACUGGCCUCCUUGGCGGAUACAGCCCUGGCAGAGGAAGAUGGGGAUGAGGACGAGGAUGAGCCCCCAGCCCAGGCCCCAGUUGCCAAGAAGCCAGCACAGCCGCUGGUCCCUUCAUCCCGGCCCCUGCCUGAGCCCAAGGUGUCAAGUUCUAAGGAGCCACUGAGUCCCUCUGCGCGGGAGCAGCUGGCACUUCUAGAGGCACGGAAACAGCAGUACCAGCGGGCAGCCCUGCAGGCCAAACGUGCCCAGGACCUGGAGCAGGCCAAGGCUCAUCUGCGGGUGGCCAAAUGCCUUGAGGCUCAGAUCACCCAGGUCCGAGCCGGCCAACCUGUGGACCUCUCCAAGGUACCUUCACCCUUGACGGACGAGGAGGGUGACUUCAUCCUCAUUCACUAUGAGGACCUGAGACUCUCCCAGAAAGCUGAAGAGGUGUAUGCCCAGCUACAAAAAAUGCUUCUGGAGCAACAUGAGAAGUGUCUGCUGUUCUCCAAGCAGUUCAUGCACCAGGGCAAUGUGGCCGAGACUACCCGGUUUGAGAAGCUUGCUCAGGACCGCAAGCAGCAGCUUGAGAUCCUGCAGCUGGCCCAGGCCCAGGGCCUUGACCCUCCCAGCCACCACUUUGAGUUGAAGACAUUCCAGACUGUGAGGAUCUUCUCAGAACUCAACAGCACAGAAAUGCACCUGAUCAUUGUCCGGGGAAUGAACCUCCCAGCCCCUCCAGGGGUGACCCCUGAUGACUUGGAUGCCUUUGUGCGGUUUGAGUUCCACUACCCUAACUCGGACCAGGCUCAGAAAAGCAAAACAGCUGUGGUGAAGAACACAAACUCUCCAGAAUUUGAUCAGCUCUUCAAACUAAACAUCAACCGAAACCAUCGGAGCUUCAGGAGAGUGAUCCAAAGCAAAGGAAUCAAGUUUGAAAUCUUCCACAAAGGAUCCUUCUUCAGAAGUGACAAGCUGGUCGGCACAGCCCACCUGAAACUAGAGCGGUUGGAGAAUGAAUGUGAGAUCAGAGAGAUUGUGGAGGUCCUGGAUGGAAGGAAACCCACUGGGGGCAAACUGGAGAUUAAGGUGAGGCUGCGGGAGCCUCUGAGUGGCCAAGACAUGCAGAUGGUCACCGAGAACUGGCUGGUCCUGGAGCCCAGGGGCCUCAGAGAUGGUUAAUGUCUGCAGAGGAGUCAGGCCAGUGGCCUGUGCAGGAGCACACACUCUUCCUGCUUUGCUGACUAUAGAAGCCCUUGUACGUAAGGGAGCUGCUGCUACUCAAGCACCAAAGACCUGUUCAGUAUGUGCAUUACUGACCACAGCCUUGGUCUUUCCUGUUGCUGGCCCCUCCGUCCAAGCAAGCUGGAUUCCAGGAUGGACCCACACCCCCAGUGCCUCCCACCUCCUUGCUCUGGGUAAAAGCCCGGAGAGCCUCAUUCCUCUGUGGUGUGGAGUCCUGCAGCCCCUUAACCCGUGUAUACCAACUGUGUGCAGCUUACCCAGCCCCAAGUUGCAGCAUUUCUGGAUGUGCCUUUAAAAGAUAGACCUGUAGGGAUAGAGAACUUGAUGGUGAUCAGGAAAGCCCCCUGCUGGGGGGGAGGACAGGGUUCUGUGACUCCAGUUGGUCACUGGUGGCCUAUCCCACACAGCUUGGUCUAUCAUGUCGUGCCUGUGCAGCUCUGCCCUGGCCUCCCUGCUUCCCAGUGCUCUCAGUGGAAGAGGGACUGUAGUGGGCAGGAAGGGAAAGGCAACUUAUAUCUUGGGUUUGGUUCAUAAAUGAGACUAAAAGACUGUUAACAACUAGAGGAAAAAAUAUAUAUAUAAGUAUAUAUAUAUAUACACAUAUAUAAUUUUAUGUAGCUGUUUUUAAGAAACUAGGUCUAAUUCAUUAUAGGAGUUUACACUGUACACACAGAGUAACCACCAGAGUUCUAAACUAAAGCCCUGCUCUCUGUCACCUUUUAAAAGCCAGAGCAGCAGUAAAACAUUUGUUAAUUGACAAACUGCUGCUAUGGCUUCUUCUGAGAGAGGGCCAGGGACACCUUACCUCUUCAGUUGAUCACCUAGGGAAAUCUUAGUUCUUUCCCAAGAAAUUAUCCUUUGGCUUUGUUUUCUGAAUGGAUGGAAACAAUGGAGGGAUUUAUAAUUUCAAUAGAUUUAAUAUUCAAAACUGCAAUAUUCUACAUUUCUUGGAAAUAAACUUUAACAUCCCAUUU